AGUUAUGAUAUGCUAUUGUAGUGCUUCAAAAAAAUUGUUUUUCAUAUAAUUGAUUGAUCCCAUUCAUAAAUGUAAUAUUAAAUCUUUCAAUGUUUGAGUUCUUCCAAUUUUGACAAUAUUUUUUCAUCCAAAUCCAAUUGAUGGAAAUGUUUGAACCAUUGUUUUUUCAAAAUGUCAUCUUUUUAGUAGUCUUCAUAGCUGCUGAAUUGACCAAACACUGGGGCAUAGCAAAUUAAACAAUUUGGAACAUCAUGAAAACAAAACAAACAAAAAAAUCUACCGGUUUAAUGACCAGCAUGUAACAGGUUGGCUUAGAGUAUCAAAAGCAGUUGGUGACAGAAACAUUUUGAGAUCUUUGAAGAAACACCAAAAAGACUGUCAGUGACAUCACUGCAGGUAGAAUUAUAACAGUACACUGUUCAAAGAAGACUGUGACAUGAGGAAUAAGAAAGGCAAAUUACAGAGAUGAACCACAAAGGUUCCCUUCAAACCAAAGGUGCUCUUACCCUGAGUUAUUGGUCACACCAGGAUGUAAAUACUAAAGGAUUAAUGUGAUGAAAAUUUCACCCUUGAUCUGUAAGCUGAGCAAAUCAAGCCUUUGAUCAAUUAUGACGAUUAGUAUUGAUGCAUAUGUAGCAGAGAACCUGAAAAGUGAAGGCUUAUUUUCCAAGAGUUUGAAGCUAAAAUGUCCUCCAAUUCUGAAUUGACACAUACGCUAAAAUAAAGAAACAGAUCAAUGAAUAAAUGGUCCCUCGCAGCCAGAGUUGGGUAAGUAGCUAAAAAUUGUACGCAGGUAAGGCAGCGUUACUUCAAAAUAACAUUACACAAGUAAAAGUAAGUCAUCCAAAAAACCCAAGUACAAGUAAAUAUGUAUUUUGUGUCAAAACAUCGUGAGUAACUGCUUACGAUGUUUGAAUUUUUUUUUUUUUUUUUAAAUUAUUAAACAAUGGUAUUUUUCUUCUCAGCACAAAGUUAUAAAUAUGAACUGUUAUUGUUAUACUGUACGAUAAGCCACAUUAAGCCCCAAAAAUACAACAACAAAAAUUCCGGUGAGGGAAAAAAAUCAACAGAACUGAAGCAUCAUUCGUCCAAAGAGAAUUAGUGCCCUCUAGUGAUAAAAACAUUUCCUUGUUUAAAUAUUUGAAUAGUGAAUAGUUUAUUCAUAUUUCCUAUAAUGAAAUUAAAAGGAUCAUAUCUCCGGUUUUCCAUGGUCAAUCGGUGCCAAAUAAAAACUAGGAGAGGGACAUAGACUUCAUAUUGAUAUUGACGGGUCAGAUUCGACCUUCAGUGUGCCAUGCCUUCAAGUAGGGGGCCAUCCCAUAAUCCGUUUCAGUUAUUCGCAAAUGGUUGCAGCAACAAAUGCAGCGAUCCAACGUUGGAUUUUUGUUGAAAAAGUAUAAAUCUAAAAAUAUAUUUAACAAACUUUUCCAGCAUUAUUUCCUUGUGUAAAUGCAUUCAUAAUGAUCAUAAAAAUAUGUAGACUAUUUAAACAUUGAGAAAAAAUUUAUCUGAUAACUUGAAGAGAUUAAAUUAAACGUCAAAUCCACUAUUUGCCUAAUGGAACAGAAACACAAAUAUAAAAGAUAUAAAUGUUUAUUGAAUAUCCAUCUUACAGUCUUGUUUAACUGGGAGAAUUUGUUACAAAAGACAGGCUUUAAUUGGUUAUCAUUAUGCAUAUAUGCACCAGCAUCGUCACAAACGUGAUCACAGAAAACACAACCACGCAUCGCAUCCCCGCAUUUUCUCCUUUUCCUGAGUCCUCACAAAUAAAACAUAAAAUUUCGUUUUUUUUUUUUUUUUCUCGGGCUCGUGCCUACAAAUAAAACAUAAAAUUUGUUGUUUUUCAUGCUUGAAGCAAACAAAUCAAGUUAACUGAAUGGGCUCGGGCUGGGUCUGGCUUUAAUACCCGCGGGCCGGUCGGGUCGGGCUGGAUUUUUUAGGCCCGGUCUAACUUCUAGCCUCAUGUAUUGUUAGCAUACCGUAUACCUAUUCAGCCUGUUGUUCUUUAUUGUAUUUUAAAGUGCCUUUCAAGAUGACAUGUCUGUUUUUGGUGCUGGAUUCUAUCAAAUAAAUUUCCCCCCCAGUGCGACUUACACUCCAGUGCGACUUACAGUGGCGCCACCAGAGGGUGGCCAGGGGUGGCCACAGCCCCCCUAUAAAAUUGUUUGGCCACCCCACUGACCACCCCACUUUUGCUAAAUUUUCACUUUAUGCUUAAUAUAUACAUAAAACAAUAAAACAGAAUUCUUGUGGAACUCAAAAUGUUGACUGGACUGUUAUGGACUAUGCACAUGAAAUCAUUAGUAACAUUAAAUUAGGGCUGCAGUUAUCGAUGAUUUUAGUAGUCGAUGAAUCGAUGAACUAGUUAGUUCGAAUAAUCGAGUAAUCGGAUAAGGAACAUAAAAAAUUAAAAUAACUGAGCUGAGCGUCAAACGGUAUGAAAAAAAUAAAUGAAUGAGGAUAUAAGUACAACAAGAGAACCCCUAGCCAACUUUCAUAGCAAAAGUCUGCUAGCUUCAAUGCUAUAAAAGACUAACUUUUUUUUUUUUUACAGUGCUCUUAACAAAUGGUUCAAACACAUAUUCCCACAAAAAUGGAUAUACCUAUCAACUAAAUUACAAAUGGAUUAAAAAAAAAAACAGCUCAAACAAAAAGUUAGCUUAUGUUGGUCUUAACAGAGAGCAUCUAGAUUCAGCCAUGUGAAAUGAGUUAUGUCAUAAUUACUGUUGCCGCUGGAGGGUAAUUUAUCCACCCAAAUCAAUAAAACUAAAUGCAAACACUUUACUAUCGAAUACUCGAAGCAGCAAAAUUUAAUUUGAAUCGAUCAAUUAAUCGAUUAACUUGAGUAAUUGUUGCAGCACUACAUUAAAUAUAACACAAUACACCAAAGUAUAUCAGUAGGCGUGUCCUUAAGCCUUUCUGAUAAUUUUCUUCUGGCCUUUUUACUGCAACAACAUAAUAAAAACCUGAAACUAUGGCUUUUUGUUUUGGUGUGCCACCCCAAGAUUUUAAGUGGCACUAUCUGGCCACCCCUAUGAAACAUUUCUGGAGGCGCCACUGACGACUUAUCGUCCAAAAAAUAUGGUACUUAAUUUUAGUAUGGUGUGUUAGAGACACGACGUGAUUGAACAGGCCAGCGUGAUCAUAGAACGGCAAGUUUGAGUCUGAUUGGUAUAAUGAGUCAUGUGAUUAUUGUUGCCAUGACUCAUUAGUGAAACUGGUAACGCUACUGUUGGCGUCAUUUAUUAUUAAAAAAAAAAAAAAAUUCUGAAAUACUUAAGUUAUCAACAUACCCUUAAAUCAACUGAAACACUGUACACCCGAAAGCAGGGGUGGAAAGUCUGCAGCUCCGGGCCGCAUGCGACUCUUUGAACACUUGGAUGCGGCUCAGUUCAAUAUUAAAUACAUAAAUAUUGGCUCAAAUUUAUUAAAGUUAUUCUUCCAUUCUGUAACUUUCCUUUAGUAGGCAGAUCAAGUCAGGCUUAUCAUUAUAUGCGCUUGUUAACACAAAUCACAGGCACAAAGAUUUGUGGGUACACCUUCCGAGUUGCAACCAUGACUUUAUAGUUGGUGAAUUCAUGAGUUGUUCUGUGCAUAAGUGAAUAAAUAGUGAGCACCUUUUCUGCUCACUAAAAGGAGGCUAAGUUAGCACCUUUCAACAGCCAAAUGGUGUACAAAGUGCUUCACAGAGUAAAAACAAGAACAACAAUUAAAAAAAACAAACAUACAAGAAAGCAAGUUCAAAGGAUCAGGACAGAGCUAAGUGAAAAAUGCUAGCUUGAAAAAAUAAGUUUUAAGAUGUGACCAGUGGCAUUCCUAUACUACAUGGUGCCCUGGGUGACAUUACGCUUUGAUAACAAUUAACCAACGAUAGUGAAAAUUUGUCCGCUAUUUCGCCAAUAAAAAACAAGCAAACAACUAUGAAUUUUUUUGUGUGAACGAUAGAAAAAAACGUUUAACACAACUAUUCCUCCACCUACCAUUGUGAGGAAUGUUCACGAUCGAUGCGAAGCACCUCUAAUUAACUUUACAAGGCAUACUCACAUUAUUAUUGAAGAAGCAGACACAUCAACUGGGAAACGCACAACUGGAAAUAAAAGCAAGAGCAGUUUCCAAAAUUAAAGUGCCGCUCUAAAUUGAAAGUAAAUUAGUUUAACGGCUAAACUAUUAAAUGACUUGAAGAAUUUCUGAACAGAAAGAAUACAUACAUCAUACAGUUAGGUAAAAUAUUAAAGUUUGAAAAAAAAAUCUUUGAAUAUUGAGAAUCAACGUCAACCCUAGGUGAGUUAACUGGUAACUGAUCCCAUCCGUGCUCCCACCUCCUUCUCCUUGUGGCGUUGCAUGCAUACAGUGAUUGCGGUCUGCAGGGGGCAUCAUUGCAACACUAGCGGCAAAAAAUGUGUUCGUGCACCUCGCAUGCAUGUGCCCCAACAAUUUGCCGCUAAGGGCGACCGCCCGACCCGACCAUGCCAGGUAUCACAAUUGGAUGUGAAUUACAUACCUGUCAAGUUGAACAGUUUCGGCGUAAUUUGUACAAGUGAGCACAGAUUUUUAAAUGUGUACGUUCAAAAUCUGUACGUUUUUCGAGCAUUAUGUGUUUUUCCUCCGUUCGGAUUUUGUCACCGUUUCGGCAACGGGACAAUGUGCGUUACUAUGCAUUGCUACAUUGGUUGAAUGACGCGGGAAAAGUCAGAGACGGAGAGGGAAGAAGGAGGAAAGAGUGUUGUGGCGCUGUUGCAAACGCGAUGCUAGGCUAGGUGGCUCCAAUAUUUCCUGACUGUAGCUGACAGCCUACAAUCCUCGCCCACUUGAUGCUACACUAGAUAUCACAUGCAUAUAGAACUACAAGCGAAAGUACAGACUCGGCGACGUUAGUAAAAAGCCGCCAUUUUAAAGCAGUAGACUUCUCAGAAAGGCUCUGUUGUAGUGAACCUUCCUAGUGAACCUAAAUACUUUUUAUCUAAAAUACUUCUAAAUCGGCAAAAUCUUGCAUUGAAUCCAUCUUUAAAUUAUGAAACAGUUUUAAACUUAGACAUGUCGGAAGUAGGCAGAAGGGUACUAAUGCAAAAACGGCAGCAAUUCUAACAACUUUAACAGUUGAUUCACAACAUUAAAUGACUUCCAAGCAUAGCAAAGGUUACUAUGUUUUUUUUGUUUUUUUUUUUUUAAAUGAAAGAAAGAAAAAAAGAAAGGUAACACCAGCUACUUUGCCAGAUAACUAAUUACUCUUACAUUCAGGUAACUGGGUUACUAACUCAGUUACUUUUUGGGAGAAGUAAUUUGUAACUGAAAUUACUUUUUUAAAGUAAGAUUAACAACACUGGUCAUAAAGAUGAAGUUUGCAGAAUGAAAAGUGACAAAAGUGGAGAUUUUAUUCUGCCAAUUUGUUGCCGAACACAGUUUGCCUGCAACUAUGAUGACUUCUCAGAAUUAGCAAAAGAAAUGUUCCCUGACUCAAAGAUUGCAUCGGUAAGUUCAUUUUAUCAAUAGACCUUUUUAAUUUAUAAUUUGACACACUAACGAACUUCCUUCAAGUCAAACUGAAUUGCGAGCUGAAGUGCCAUGAAGUGCAGCCAUCAAAAGACAUGAUAGAAAUUGCCAUAAGUGCUUCAUACAAUUAUAACAAAAGUCACUGUUAAAUUUUAGUAAGCAUGAUGUAGCUGAAAAUAUUGUUCUUUGAUUGCACCAGGUUAUAUGUGACACCAAUAAAUUCAUAUUAUUUUAAAAAUCAAGUUUUAUUCUUGUUUCAUAUUGCACGCUAUACAAAACGUAAGAUUAGUCACCAAUGUGUAAGGGCAUACGUCACUAUUUGUAAGAUUGCCAACGGCCUCGGGUUGACAGGUAUGGAAUUAUAACAACUCAGACUACACUGACAGUCACUGAUGUGUGUCAAUCACUGAGUGUUGUCACUCAUGUUCUUGGUAAAAGACCUUGCAGGGCUUAUCUCUCAUGCAAUUUACUGUCAAAAAUUUUGUGGCCUGUCUGGCAACUGGAUGUAGUCACCUUACACGGCAUAUUUUGAGAUCAGAGUGGCACUUUUCUUUAUUUUUCCAGAAUGCAGGAGAUGCCGACAGCACCUUGAAUGUCCUCAAUAUCCUGGAUGAACUAUUGUCAGCAGGUACAGAUCGGCGUAUUGACCACAUGAUCAGUAAAGGUGGAAGCGAGGCCUUGCUAAAUGCACUUGUCAAAAAUGGCAGCAGGUCCAGUCCAGAUUUCACCAUUCUGUUGCCUAUACUAUACCUGGUGGCCAAAGUUGGACACAAAGACGGUGCCAUAGGCAAAAAAGCUGAGGAGGCUGGAGCAGUCAUUCUGAUUCUAAACCUGCUCAAAAACAACAUUCAACAUGCCAGGAGGGCUGAAGCAUGCCUAUUAGUCAUACAAGUUUUUGCAGCAUCAGUUUCCACAGCAAAACUUAUCGGAUCAUUAAAUGGACAGGAUAUCAUCUACCAUUUCAUCCCUCAUUAUACCACAAUGAAUCUGCAAGUGAUUAAGGCAUCCAUUCAUGCAUUUGCUGCUCUGCUUUCCUCAAAAGAUAACAUCUCCUCAGCAGUGUCCAAGGGUUAUGUGUCUGGCCUCUUACUGCUGUAUGAGGAAUGGCACAGCAAGGACACUAAACAUUCUGCCAUUGACGUCCUCCUGGCACUGCUUCAUUGCUUUUAUAAAAUUACACGUAGUGCUGUUGGCAGAGACACUUUUGUGUCACAAGGAGGCAUCCAACUUCUUUAUCAUACAACUCAGAUAAGUUUGUUGAAUAAAUGUUUGGAGUCAUUGGUAGAGUCAUCCAUUCAGCUGAUGAGAUGUUGCCUGCCUAGAACCCCUCUACCACUGAAAUCAGAUCUAUCCGCUUACUGCUUCCCCUUGCCAGGAAGACAACAUGAUGUUUUUAUGGUUGCAACUUCAGAUGAGCGGAGUGGUGAGAUUGUUGAUGAUGAUGAUGAUGAUGAUGAUGAUAAGUUGGAGGAAGCUUACCAAGAGACUCAGAGUAAAGACAAUGAUGAUGACUUGGAGACUGACCUGAACAAACUUUGUCUUCGUCCUGCUCCUGACAGACCCAAAGAGCUACUAUUACAGUACAGCCGCCUCUGUCCUGAACUCGCACAUGAUUUCCUGGAAGAGCUUGAUUUGAGUUCACAAGAGAGUUCAUCAUCUUCAUCAGAUGACGAUGAAGCAGAGAAUUGCAACAGUUUACCUCCUCACUCUAUGAGGGAAAAAAACAAUAAUGAGUUUAUCUCCCGGACACAAAAAGGCAUGCCGGGUCCGACCAAAUCAGGUGCUUGCUUAUUAAAGGCAAAAGAUUUUAACAGUCGUUCUGGUAUUCUAAACACCUGCUCUCCGGUUGGAAAGGAAGCGACUGUGGCAAGGAUGGAAGCCAAGUCAAGUCUGACAAAUGAUAAGCAGAAGGAUAAGGAGGAGGGAAAUGGAAAAUGUUAUAAUGCUACCAUAUUAGACCAUUUAAUCGACAUACACGGUGUUGCCAUCCCCUACCAUGAACCCAAUAUGUAUCGUGCUGCAGCAAUCAAAACAAAAUCUGUUCCAGGAUUCAGCACUCUUGCUUUUCCUGAUAUUUGGGGUCAGGUCUCACCAUCAGGAAAUGAACCCAUGGAACCUCGCAAGCCCAAUGUCCAAAGACAGAAAGUGCUUGAAGAUAUUCGACGUUUCUUGACAUAUUCUGAUAUCAUUAACCAGGUAGUUUUUGACCUGGAAAACAGCAGUUUACAGUUUCCACAUGACAAGCCAGGCCCAUUGAGAUUCUUUUCCAGUUUUGAAUGUGGUAACCUCAGAAAGGCUAUUCAGGUCCGCAGAUAUGAAUAUGACCUAAUAUUGAACGCAGAUGUCAACUGUUCCCAGCACACUCAGUGGUUUUAUUUUGAAGUCAGUAACAUGGUGCCUGAUGUUUCCUACCGUUUCAAUAUCAUCAACUGCGAGAAGAGCAACAGCCAAUUCAACUAUGGAAUGCAGCCAAUGCUUUAUUCUGUACGAGAUGCACUAGAUGGUAAGCCCCAUUGGCAGAGAUCUGGAACAGAAAUUUGUUAUUUCAGAAACUAUUUUGUCCCAGUUCGUGGAAGGCCAAGAACACCAUUUUAUACAUUGACAUUCACCAUCACCUUCAAAUACAAUGAAGAUGUCUGUUAUCUGGCCUAUCAUUACCCUUAUACAUACUCUGCUUUAAGGGCUCAUUUACGUUUGCUGCAUCGAUCAAUUGAUCCCCGCAAGGUGUAUUUCCGGGAGCAGAUUCUUUGUCCAACUCUUGCUGGAAACUCCUGCCCAUUUGUCACCAUUACUGCAUGUCCUCCUAGCAAGUGCUAUAAAGAUAUUCAUCAGUUGCGUAAUCGCCCCUGCAUUGUGCUGACAUGUCGUGUCCAUCCUGGUGAAUCCAAUGCAAGCUGGGUAAUGAAAGGCACACUAGAGUUUCUGUGCAGCAGUGAUCCAAUAGCCCAGGCACUGAGAGAAACAUUUGUCUUCAAGAUCAUCCCGAUGUUAAACCCAGACGGAGUCAUUAAUGGAAUGAAUCGCUGCGACCUGAACGGAGAGGAUUUGAAUCGUCAGUGGUGUCAACCAGACCCGAUUCUCUGUCCAACCAUCUACCAUACCAAAGGUUUCCUCUACUACCUCAACAGUAUUAAACGAACUCCUUUGGUCUUCUGUGACUAUCACGGACACUCUCGAAAAAAGAAUGUUUUUCUGUAUGGCUGUAGUGUUAAGGAAACCUUAUGGCAAUCAGGGUCUACUGUUGACACUGCAAGACUGAAAGAGGAUCCUGGAUAUAGGACUAUUGCAAAGAACUUGGAUUGUAUUGCACCAGCCUUUUCGUUCAACAGCUGCAACUACAUGGUGGAGAAGUCCCGUUCCGCCACUGCCAGAAUUGUUGUCUGGAAAGAAUUGGGCGUGCUGAGAAGUUAUACCAUGGAAAGCACUUACAAUGGAUUUGAUCAGGGAAUAUAUAAGGGUCUUCAAAUAAGAACCACAGAGCUGGAAGAAAUGGGAAUGAAAUUUUGCCAGAGUCUGCUCUCCUUGACUACAGAUACAAGGGCCCUUUAUGGCAGGAGUUUGAUCAACCACAUUCAUCUGGGACAUGACAUCAUUGACCAUAAGUCACACAACUGCUUUGAAGAUGAUGAGCCCCCGUGUGUUGAAGAAAUUGAAUAUUCCACGCCAUGUCUUGGUCUCAAAGGCAACAACUUGGAAUUGGAUAUUAAUGGAUGCAUGGCUAACAACAAUGCAGACGGUGGUGCUGACGGACAAACAGCAAAGCAAAAAAUCUCAAGAUAGUGUUCGUCAUUUACAACAGUUAAUUCACCUGCUCUGUCAACUUAGAUAGCACAGAUGACCACUGAAUCUAGAUGAAACAACUGCCCUCAUGUGACCUUCACCGACCUGAGAUGAUCUGCAGUUUUAGAGCACUAUCAAAUGCAUCUUACCUUUCGUUAGUCAAUAAGGAUUCUCAGUUUUUAGAAUCGAAUUUGAUAUUUUGACGUGACCCAAGUGAAUAACUCUUAACUGGAUACUGUCAUCAUGUCUCCAUUAUUGUACUCACUUGUGGUCUGUGGCCUUUGCCCCUUUAAAUAUUUAAAUCAUUUUUGUUUCUUAUAUUAAUGGUCAUUGUCAUAUUUAUUGAUCUACAUUAGAUUUGUAGGGAUAUCUUCUUUCUCAGUAACACAAGUUUUUUAGCUAUUAUGCUCAGUUUUCAAAGGAAAGUUUUGUUUUUUUGAAUUUGCUGUUUAUUUCUAGCAAGAAUAAGACUUGAUCUCAAUAUUACAAUUAAGUAUAUAGUACAUGAAGAUUUGUAAUGAAAAAUAAAUAGUGACCCUUAAACCUGUACCUAAGGGGAAUUGAACAAAAAAGUCGGACUAAGAAAGACAUAAAGGAUAAUCGGGAAGCCGCAGCUUGACUAAGCCUGAUUGGUGAGAUCUGGGAGGAAGUGGUUGCUCGUUUGCCGUGACAGAAUGAAGAGACGUUGUUAAUUAAAGCGAGGUUUGGAUGACAAUGGACGAAGCAUGCGCGUACUCAUUUUCUCCUAGGCAGGAAGAGCUGCUUCUUCAACAAUAUUAAUCACUAAAAGCCAGUACAGUGCUUGCCACAAAAAACAAAGCAAAAAUAAGUGCAGCAAUUUUUUUCUUUUUAAAUGCUCAAGAAUAAAUCCUUUCAUACCACAUAAAUAGCAGACGGUUUAAUGUGGGUAAGCCCAAACGUGUAACAGUGAUCCCUCGCUACUUCGUGCUUCAAACUUCGCACCCUCAGUCAAUCGCGGAUAUUUUUCAAUUAAAAAAAAGAAAAUUAAGAUGAGCUGUCCCACGCCGACCGUGUAGUCAGUCUCAUUGUCGCCCUCGCUCCCUCUCUCCCUGCACUUUGUUUCCCCAGGCAAGCAGUGCACGUGCACUGGAGUUGCUUAUUAAAGUUAACGAUAUUGACAGAUUAUUGUGUUUGAUCUUUUCAGAGUCACACGCUUCUGAAGCGCCGCACGUGAAUCAUCGUUUAUCCUGUUAAACAGUUAUUUUGGCAACUCAUUGUGUAUAUGCGAGAGGAUUUGGUGCGAGGCUCUGUGUGCGCAUUGCGGGGGUGGGGUGGGGGCGCUGGACUAAUGUGUGUAUGUGUGUGGCGACGUUCGAGGCAGCCGGACGUUUUGUGAUCGCGGCAAUAAACCAAAUGUUAAAAGUGAUUUUAAACAGUUUGUAAUUUCCACAUGUCAAUCCAAGAGUCACAGCAAGGGAGGUAACAGAAGCAUUUAAUAAAGCCAAGCAUUUUUCGACUACAGUACAGUACUUAAUUGUUGUUUAAAAAUAAUUUGGUGGGACAGUAACAUGUUUAAAACUUAUCUUGAUUAUUGCAUUUCAAGUGCUUGAAAACCAUUUA